GAUAAGCGCAUUUAUUCGCCUAUAAAUACGCAAACAAGGUGCUCGUUAGACAUUAGUCGUGCGCCAUUAUUCAGUUUAAAUUCAGUUUAAAGCACAUUCAAUAUGAAAUUCGCGCUUGUUUCUGCUGUAGUUGCAGUGUGCUGCAUGUCAGCCACAUUUGCCCAUCCUGCUGACAAUAGACCUCCACAAUCCCUACUAUGCCGUCUAGUGACCUCUUUCGGUGACGGCAUGUACGAAGCAGAUCCUGGCAAUCAUGCCUUCUGUGGUAUCUUCAAUGUCAUUGACAGAAUCUGCCCAGAUGCUGGAUUAUCUACCGCCAAUCAAUGCCCAGGUGCAAAUGAUGAUGGUAAUGAUGGUGGUGAUGAUGGUGGUGACCAAAACCAAGAACCAGGAACUGACGACAACGAAAACCCCGAUGAUGACCAAAACCAAGACCCCAACACUGAUGGUGACCAAGAUGGAAACCCAGACUCUGAUGGUCAAGAUGGUCAAGAUCCCAACACUGAUGGAGAUGAUACCCAAAACCCUGACACCGAUGUAACCAACCCCGAUGAAACUCAAGGUGGUGAUGAUACCAACCCGGAUACCAGAGCUAGGGUCCAUGCCAAGUCCAAGGCUGCUUCCAAGUCAAAGGCCAAUCAUAAAUCCAAGGCUUCCCAUAAAUCAAAGGGAGCUAAGUCUAAGUCUAAGUCCCACAAGGCUCAUUCAAAGAGCAAGGCUCAUAACAAGAAUAAGGCACAUUCCAAGAGCAAGUCUGCUCACUCCAAGAGCAAAGCAGCUUCUAAGAGCAAGCACUAAGCCGUUAAGAGUAUAAACAAUAUACAAUAAAUAAAUGGUCUUAUAGAAAAUGA